AUGCACGUAACAGAAGGGCCCAGAACCAAGACUCCAGGAACAGAGCAUGAGCUUCUGGAGGAGCUGCUGACUUAUGAUGACCUCUUUCUGGAAACAUUCAAUGCUUUUCUGGCUAUGCCUGCUUUCCCUCUUAGACUGCAUUAUGACCGGCUGACAGGACGACUGCAGGAGCUGGAUGGCUUCCUCUUGCCAAUUGGGUCAAAUUCCCUUUGCUAUGGAGCAACCGAUACAGAGAGGGAAAGGGCCCUGAGCUGGUUAGCGCAGGAGCGCUUCCUCCCAUUUCAAAGGACUCUCUUUUACCUGGAGUAUAAACUGGCAAAGCUGUUGCUGUGUCCUCUGGAUGAGAAGUACCCAGGGAGUCGCUAUGCAAUUCGUGGGUUCAGUCGCCAGUCUGACAGCACUGCCAUCUCCAGCAUCCCCAGCCAUUCAUCAACAGAGCGGCAGCCCACUGGAGUCCCAAGCCACGUGCUGCUAAGACUUCCUAGCCAAACACGCAGUACUCCAGCCUGCCUAGGACAUUUUGUAAGAUCAUCUGGCCAAACCUCCACUGAGAUAUCCUUGGAGUUCCCAGGUAUCUUGAGUUUAGCUCUAUCUCCAGCCGCAGAACAUCUGAGCAGGCUCCAGCUCCAGAGACUCCUGUCUGACUCCAGCAUACGAAGAGCAACUGGUAGGCUCAGAAGUGGCUGGACCAAUGCAGGUGAGCCAGUGGUAACUCCAAUUCAUCUAAGCAGAGCUGCUCUUGCCUCCUCGCCUGAUCAAGAAUUCACUGAACUUCACAUGGAUGGUUGUCGGAAGCCAUUUUCAGGUUCUGGGAAGGUUUUGCAGUUUGACUUGAAUGAGACAAGGAACUCCCAGGAAGGGGAAGGGGACACAUUUCUUUCGCCUUGCUUUGGAAGUGCCGCUCUGCAGCAGCUAAAAGAAGAGAUCCUAGGGACUAGGGCUGGCAUGGACAGCUUCAGGGAGUUCCUCCAUGGCACACUGGGAAUCCACCUCCUUGACUUCUGGAUUGACUGUGAGGAUAUUAUGGAGCACACCACACGCCUGGAGAAGGCCAGAACUGCAUCCCAGGAGAUCCAACUGUUCUUUUUCAGCGCUCUUCGGAGCAUUCAAGCCAAGUACAAGCUGAUGCCUCCUCCUGCCUGUCGGGUGAGUAAUGCUGCUUGGGGGGCAGGUGCCCCUGCGUUUUUCCAGGUCACAGCUUUAAGAGAACCUUUGCUCUCCCCAGGGAAACUGACAAAUCUGCCAACUGCGUAGCUCAGCUGCUAGCCUGAAUGGGGGUGGAAGCCCAGGGACAAUGUCUACCUCCUACCACCUCCUCUGUCAGGAAAAUUCUUUGUUUCCUGAAGCUGUAGCCUGAAUCUCAUGAUGGGUGGUGUGUGUGUGUGUGUGUGUGUGUGUGUGUGUGUGUUGUAUCAGAGCAAGCUUCUGUUGCCUCUUUCUAUCCUCCCUCUGUUGGCCUUUUUACCUUUAUUUCCAGCUUUGCAUUGUGGGUGCUUCCAGACAUGGACUAUUUUUGCAGCAUUCAGUAACGGCUGUUCUGCUUUAAAAAUAAAAGUUCAUUGCAGAUUGAUUCUGCAUCGCCUC